AUGGAAUCAACGCGGCCGCUAUUCACAUCGUAUCUACGCAUCCGAUCUCUAAGUACAGACGCAAACUCCCCAGAGCUCGCCUCCGCGCGGUCCGACCUUGAGUCUGCGCUCGCCUCCCUAGCCGAAGAUCUCGCAGACCUCGUCGAGUCCGUCAAAGCCGUCGAAUCGAACCCGGCACAAUAUGGCCUCUCAGCGCAUGAAGUCACGCGGCGCAAGCGGCUGGUCCAGGAAGUCGGAGGCGAGGUCGAAGACAUGCGGGAAGAGCUCGCCAAGAAGCUGGAUGCCGCCGCCGCACCCGGCAGAGGCGGCGCGCACGACCUGCCGGACCCGAACGCGUUCGCGAUUGCGGACGGCGACGCGGACGACAACUACGCCGAGUUCGAGCAGCAGCAGCAGAUGGAGAUGAUGCGCGAGCAGGACACGCACCUGGACGGCGUGUUUCAGACGGUGGGCAACCUGCGGCGGCAGGCGGACGACAUGGGCCGCGAGCUUGAGGAGCAGCAUGAAAUGCUUGAGAUGGUGGACAAUCUCGCGGACCGCGUGGGCGGGCGGCUUCAGACGGGCGUUGAGAAGCUUCGGUAUGUGAUGCGGCACAACGAGGACCGGCUCAGUAGCUGCUGCAUCGGUGUGCUGAUAGUGGUGCUGAUUAUCUUGUUGAUUCUGCUUUUGGUGUUAUAA